AGCGUGGAGUCGCUGUGUGUGCGUGGGUUGGACUUGUGCGUCCUGGCUGCGUGUCUCAGGCAGGGCUUUCGUGCUCGCCGUGUCGGGGUGGCAAACCUGUGCCGGAUGUCCGAGGGGCUUUGCAGAAAGCCAAGCAGUGGUGGUCAGCGUGACCUGUGCCUCGGGGCGGGGUGGCUCCUUGGGGCUGCAAGGCAGUUCCCUUGAGUUGGGGGAGAUCUUAACUGGGGAGAGGGAGGCGGGGGAAGUGUGCUCCUGCAUUUCGUGACACGUCCCCUUCGGAGGCGCCCGCGGCCACCGCCUGUCUGUGAGUCUUGUCUGUGAGUCUUGGGAUCGUAAGCAGGGGGGCAGCCUGGCCCAUGGACAGCGUCAGUCCGCCUGGAGAAACGUACCCUGGGGAUCGGCUGUGUCCCACCUGCUGGGGACGGUGUUGCGGCACAGAGAGGCAAUAAACUAAGUGAAAGCAAAGGGCAGCGCUGUCUUCUGCCAUUCUUUUGGAGGUGAGGAGAUCCGGUUUCCAGCGCUGCCUUGCUCCGAAUUGGGAGACGUUUGUCACCUGCCUUGUUCGCUGUGGCCUCUAUUCUAAAGAGCGGAGAUUGGAUAAAGGAGUUCAGAUGUGUUCUAAGCCUGCUGGAGUGACCACACUUCCAAGACCUGAUGGAGGCCAGAGCUCAGAGUGGCAACGGGUCGCAGCCCUUGCUGCAGACGCCCCGUGACGGUGGCAGACAGCGUGGGGAGCCCGACCCCAGAGACGCCCUCACCCAGCAGGUACAUGUCUUGUCUCUGGAUCAGAUCAGAGCCAUCCGAAACACCAAUGAGUACACAGAGGGGCCUACUGUCGUCCCAAGACCUGGUCUCAAGCCUGCUCCUCGCCCCUCCACUCAGCACAAACACGAGAGACUCCACGGGCUGCCCGAGCACCGCCAGCCUCCUAGGCUCCAGCACUCGCAGGUCCAUUCUUCUGCACGAGCCCCUCUGUCCAGAUCCAUAAGCACGGUCAGCUCAGGGUCGCGGAGCAGUACGAGGACAAGUACCAGCAGCAGCUCCUCUGAACAGAGACUGCUAGGAUCAUCCUUUUCCUCCGGGCCUGUUGCUGAUGGGAUAAUCCGGGUGCAACCCAAAUCUGAGCUCAAGCCAGGCGAGCUUAAGCCACUGAGCAAGGAAGAUUUGGGCCUGCAUGCCUACAGGUGUGAGGACUGUGGCAAGUGCAAAUGUAAGGAGUGCACCUACCCAAGGCCUCUGCCAUCAGACUGGAUCUGCGACAAGCAGUGCCUUUGCUCGGCCCAGAACGUGAUUGACUAUGGGACUUGUGUAUGCUGUGUGAAAGGUCUCUUCUAUCACUGUUCUAAUGAUGAUGAGGACAACUGUGCUGACAACCCAUGUUCUUGCAGCCAGUCUCACUGUUGUACACGAUGGUCGGCCAUGGGUGUCAUGUCCCUCUUUUUGCCUUGUUUAUGGUGUUACCUUCCAGCCAAGGGUUGCCUUAAAUUGUGCCAGGGGUGUUAUGACCGGGUUAACAGGCCUGGAUGCCGUUGUAAAAACUCAAACACAGUUUGCUGCAAAGUUCCCACUGUCCCCCCCAGGAACUUUGAAAAACCAACAUAGCAUCAUUAAUCAGGAAUAUUACAGUAAUGAGGAUUUUUUCUUUCUUUUUUUAACACACAUAUGCAACCAACUAAACAGUUAUAAUCUUGGCACUGUUAAUAGAGAGUUGGGAUAGUCUUUGCUGUUUGCAGUGAAAUGCUUUUUGUCCAUGUGCCAUUUUAACUGAUAUGCUUGUUAGAACUCAGCUAAUGGAGCUCAAAGUAUGAGAUACAGAACUUGGUGACCCAUGUAUUGCAUAAGCUAAAGCAACACAGACACUCCUAGGCAAAGUUUUUGUUUGUGAAUAGUACUUGCAAAACUUGUAAAUUAGCAGAUGACUUUUUUCCAUUGUUUUCUCCAGAGAGAAUGUGCUAUAUUUUUGUAUAUACAAUAAUAUUUGCAACUGUGAAAAACAAGUUGUGCCAUACUACAUGGCACAGUCACAAAAUAUUAUACUAAUAUGUUGUACAUUCGGAAGAAUGUGAAUCAAUCAGUAUGUUUUUAGAUUGUAUUUUGCCUUACAGAAAGCCUUUAUUGUAAGACUCUGAUUUCCCUUUGGACUUCAUGUAUAUUGUACAGUUACAGUAAAAUUCAACCUUUAUUUUCUAAUUUUUUCAACAUAUUGUUUAGUGUAAAGAAUAUUUAUUUGAAGUUUUAUUAUUUUAUAAAAAAGAAUAUUUAUUUUAAGAGGCAUCUUACAAAUUUUGCCCCUUUUAUGAGGAUGUGAUAGUUGCUGCACAUAAGGGGUUACAGAUGCAUAUGUCCAAUAUAAAAUAGAAAAUAUAUUAACGUUUGAAAUUAAA